AUGCGUCUCAACAACAAGCGUAGCAAGGCAAAGAUGGCGGCGGGCUCCGAUUUGUUAGAGGAUGUUUUCUACAACAGAGAGGGGGACGAAAAAGUAGUUAGUGAUCUAGUCGGAUCUCUGGACUCUGAGCUAACAGAAGCAAGUCACGCCAACUCAACGGCUAAGGUUCAGUAUACAGCAAACCACGCCGGCAGCUCAACUGUAGGCAGUAAUUUUUAUGUUCAGGGCAGCAAAAUGGGACUUUCUCAACUAGAGCUUGCUAAAGCAGGGGCAGGAGGUGUCAGUAACAGUGCGGGGUCCAUCGGUUCGAACAUGGAUGAGGCAGCUGGAAUCACUUCAGCGGCUGACUCGAGUACAACAGCCGCCCAGAGUCUGUCCAAGUCGGCGACAGCUAGCAGAGAUGUUGCGGUAUUAUCAGAUGCAACACCCGGAGUUGAGAAACACGGACCGACUGGUUCUCAAACUUUGAAUGGAAGCGCCGUGGUGAUGAACUGUCACAUCCCUGGAGGCGGACCAGCUGACAGCUCACAGACCGCCGUCAAGCUUGUCAACGGACCUGUAUCUGUGAGCAAAGGAGUCGCAGCAGUUUUAACCACAACUUCUAGCACCAUUAUUCGAACUUCUUUGAGUGCUCAAAGCGCUGCGACCUCAUCUGUGAUUUCCUCUCAGCCUUCCGUGAAAACUGUACCCACAGUCACGCUUGUGAGGCCACCUAUGCAAACUUCUACCAACAAUUCUCAAAGCGCAGGCAAUCCAACGACUGUUUUAUCAUCACCACCCGUUAUUGUUACUUGCACGACUGGCUCUCUUGUUAACAAACCCGACUCAAGUAAAGCUGUAAUGCUAACUGGUGCCCACGUCGUGACCUCAGCAGUUGCAACGGGGACGACAGCGACCGUGAGGAGUCCGACUGUUCUGCAAAACCUGAGGACUUCAGUACCGUCAACAAUCGCUGCCACUCCUGGAGGAAUAAGAGCCGUUACUCCACAGGUGUUGGCUCCUCGGCUCACUCAGCCUCAACAAAACCCCACAAAUGUCCAAAACAUUCAACUCCCACCAGGCAUGGUCUUGGUCCGCAGUGACAGUGGGCAGCUGCUGAUGAUUCACCAGCACACAUUGGCUCAGAUGCAGGCUCAGUCGCAGUCACAAAGCGCCAUGACACCACGACCUGCGGCCCCCACGAGCUCGCCACCUGUCCAGAUCACUUCUCUACAGACUCCAGGUGCAUCAUUGCUGACUCGCCCUGUUACCCCCACCACCAUUAUCAAACAAAGUCCCCAAGCCCCGAGUACAGUGACAGCCACCACCACACUGCAGAGGCCUCCUGUACUGCAGAACACCAUCAUGCUGGGAGGAAGUACCAGUGCUUCAGGACAGCCGCUAGGAACGCCCACCACAGUGCAGCCUGCAGCAGCGGUAACCCAGAGGGUGGGGCCUCUGGGGCCCACAGGAACGUCUGUCUCUUCCACGACAGUAACAGCUGAAACGCUGGAGAAUGUGAAAAAGUGCAAAAACUUUCUGUCCACGCUUAUCAAGCUUGCAUCUGGAAAACAGUCGUCUGAGACCACAGCAAAUGUCAAGGAGCUGGUGAAGAGCCUGCUGGAAGCAAAGAUCGAGCCUGAGGAUUUCACCAGUAGAUUGUACCAGGAGCUAAACUCUUCACCUCAACCGUAUCUUGUACCUUUCCUUAAGAGAAGUCUCCCAGCACUACGCCAGAUGACCCCGGACUCAGAGGUCUUUAUCCAGCAAAGCCUGCUGCCUCUGCCAAGCAGCCAGCCCGCUGCGGCAGCCUCCACGGCCCUCACCGCUGUGGUGCUGCGACCUCCCCUCUCCACCACCGUCAGUGCAACUACAGCCACUGCCACGACCAAAGCCACCGUCAUCAGCCUCACUCCGACACCUCAGAGUAAACCUGGACUGAUUGUGCCACAGCAACAGGGGACAGUGGUGAGGCCACAGAUGACGCUGGCUCAGUCUCCCAUAGUAACAGUGAGAGGACAAGCACCAGGCCGGAUCAUUGUGGGUCAGCCACAGGUGGUCAAACAGCUACCAGCAGUCCCUGUAGUGAGGCAGACGUUUGCUCCGGGGGCCAGAGGAGUGCUCAACCAGGCUUCUCUCACUGACGCUCAGAAGAACAAACUGAAGGAAGGAGGAGGAACAUUCAAGGAUGAUGAUGAUAUCAAUGACGUGGCCUCCAUGGCAGGAGUCAACUUAUCAGAGGAGAGUGCUCGUAUCUUGGCAACCAACUCUGAGUUUGUCGGCAUGGUGACUCGUUCCUGUAAGGACGAGGCCUUCCUCGCCACCUCUUCACUCACCCGGUUAACUCUAGAGAUUGGUAAGAAGUUUGGUGUCAGUGAGCUGGGCACAGAUGUGAUCAGCUACAUUUCCCACGCUACACAGCAAAGACUGCAGAAUAUCUUGGAAAAGGUGUCACAGGUGGCACAGCAGAAGAAUGCAAUUUUUAAGGAGGACCAGCGGUAUGAGCAGACCAGCGAUGUGCGAACCCAGCUCAAAUUCUUUGAGCAGUUGGAUCAGAUGGAGAAGCAAAAGAAGGAGGAGCAGGAGAGAGAGAUUCUCCUUAAGGCUGCCAAGUCUCGGUCACGGCAAGAAGACCCGGAGCAACUCCGACUUAAACAGAAGGCCAAAGAGAUGCAACAGCUGGAGCUGGCUCAGAUCAGGCAGAGAGAGGCCAACCUUACAGCACUGGCAGCAAUCGGCCCAAGGAAAAAACGGAAAACAGAUUCUCCCGGUAGAGGUGCAAAUUCAGAGGGCUCAGGGUCAGGCCCCUCCCAGCCUGGAGGCUCCAGUGGAACAGGCUCCAGACAGUUUAUUCGACAGCGAAUCACUAGAGUCAACCUCCGGGACCUGCUUUUCUGUUUGGAGAAUGAAAAGGAGACCAGUCACUCACAUCUUCUCUAUAAAGGCUUCCUGAAAUAGCACACAAAUGAUAAUGACUACUCAUUUAAUGGCUUUAAGGAAGCAGUGUUGACCUGCAGCUCAGUUCCCCUCCUGGUGGUACUUUUGUUUUUUUUUUUUGUUUUUGUUUUUUUAUCUGUUUGUUUUUUUGAUCUGCUGAAUUAUGAGACAUCCAUCUGUGAGAAGAAUUAUCAGAAACUCAGAGGAGACGACAGCUCUUUAAAGCCUCCUGUGCAGAGAUGGAGCAGAUGUUGGUUCUACUUUCAGCGUGCCUCAGUUUGCUUUUCAGAGACCAGUUGCACCCGAAUACACUCAACUCAUUUACUGCCUCACGCUGCACACAGGAAUCAUGUUGUAGCAGCCAAUUUCUUUGGAGUGUUAAGCAAACGCUCAUUUUAUCAAGUCCUUAACAGAUUUUAAUUUAUCACACAUUUAUACUGUAUUUUAUUAAUGCCUGUGGAUUGUUUUACAGAGACUAAUAUUGUCACGUGUUGCAUUGCCUUCUUAAAUAGUUAAGCCAUAUGCAUUUGAAUGUUUUGAUUCAUCUUUCCAACAGUUCUCUCCUGAGUUGCAGAAUAAGUGCUUUAUUAUGUUUUUUUUGUCUUUUUUUUUUAUUAGAGAUUAAAACUGGUUAUUUAAAAAUAACAUGUUCAUGAUGUUCAGGUGGUAUUGAAUUCUUACAGUCAUUGGAAUACACUGUAUCUGUAGCAGAUUAACUACACAAACCUCCCAGACUUUAGUCAUGCCACUAAUUUCUCAUCUCAGCCACUUAAGUUAAAGUGAAAAUUUUCUCCCAUUACGUCAUAUUGAGCAUCAUCUUCAGAAUAAUUAUUUGCAACCUUAACAUUGCAGGAAUGAUUUAAAAAGUCUGCAAGUUUGUCAGUUUGUUGAAUUAGGAUACAGUAAGUAUAUUGUCUGCCUAUUUAAAAUAUAUUGGAAAAAUGUCUUAUGAAGUGAAUUUUAUUAUCUUAUAUCAUUGCCACCCAAAGAAUUUUUAAAUUUCAUAUGUCAUGUGACAUGUCAUAUGCAAGUUGUUUUUGGCUUAAAAUAGAUUUGGGCAGGAUGUUUGCUGAAAUGAACCACCUUCUCAAACAUGGUUCUUUUCUGUAGCAGUUAACAAAGGAAAAUAUAAGUAAAAAAAAAAUUAAAAUGAAUGGAAAAGACAAACUAGGAGGUUGUAACGUGGGAAUGGCAAUUCAAGUACUGGCUUUGUAAGUAAUACACUGCAAUGCAAAUGUUGAAAAAGAUUAUAUUUUUCCCAACCACAGUCAUUUAAAGUUGUUUGCUCACAUUUAUAUAUUUAUAAAUUAGGGAGGUCAUGAUGGGUUUAUAAAAAAAAAAAAAAAAAAUGAAAAAUGCACUUGGCCAAUCAGUUGGAAGUCAAUCAGAUGAACAUACCCACUUUGUAAGGUUUUAUUAUUUUUUUUGUUUGUUUUUGUUUUUUUUUAGUAAGAAUGUUUAUUGCUAAUUUUUAUGACUGUAAAAACUUAUGUUUACUUUUUGUAGAUUUAUCAGAUGACAACUUUGAAUUAAGAAAAUGUCUUAUUUUUCAUUUAUAUGAAUAUUUGACAAAUGAGACAGAUAUGUUGCUUUUUUGCCGAUAUCUUGUACAUUUUGCACAGCCACCUGUUUAUAUGUAAAUAUCUAAAAGAAAAUUUUUAAAGGGUUUUUAAUCUAUUUUAUAAAAUGAUUGACAAAGAAUGAUCUCUAAUAAAACAAAAACUAAUCUAACA